GGUAAUAGGAUUGUGGCUUCCCUCUGGGGCACCCACGCAGGCCAUGGCUGUCCGGCUGGCAACUGGUGCUUAGCAACCCUGACCACCUGCCUGCUGAGGAGCCAAAGCCUCCAGCUAGGACCCUGUGCCCCCUUCUGGCCUCACGUGCAUGGAAUGGUGCUGUGCCCCGUGCCAGCAGGCUGGGCUCACCAUGGUGCCAGGUGCCAUCCUGGCACGAGGGAAGGAUGUGUGCAAGAGGAACGGACUGCUCAUCCUGUCUGUGCUGUCUGUCACCGUGGGCUGCCUCCUCGGCUUUUUCCUGAGGACCCGACGCCUCUCACCACAGGAAAUUAGUUACUUCCAGUUCCCUGGAGAGCUCCUGAUGAGGAUGUUGAAGAUGCUGAUCCUGCCGCUGGUGGUCUCCAGUCUGAUGUCCGGCCUCGCCUCCCUGGAUGCCAAGACCUCCAGCCGCCUGGGCAUCCUCACUGUGGCGUACUACCUGUGGACCACCUUCAUGGCAGUCAUCGUGGGGAUCAUCAUGGUCUCCAUCAUCCACCCCGGGGGCGCAGCCCAGAAGGAGACCACGGAGCAGAGUGGGAAGCCCCUCAUGAGCUCAGCUGACGCCCUGCUGGACCUCAUACGGAACAUGUUCCCAGCCAACCUGGUGGAAGCCACAUUCAAACAGUACCGCACCAAGACGACGCCCAUUGUCAAGUCCCCCAAGGUGGCCUCGGAGGAAGCCCCCUCUCGGCGGAUCCUCAUCUAUGAGGUCCAGGAAGAGAAUGGCUCUCGUGUUCAGAACUUCGCCCUGGACUUGACCCCACCACCCGAGGUCAUUUACAAGUCAGAGCCAGGCGCCAGCGAUGGAAUGAACGUGCUGGGCAUCGUCAUGUUCUCUGCCACCAUGGGCAUCAUGCUGGGCCGCAUGGGUGACAGUGGGGCCCCCCUGGUCAGCUUCUGCCAGUGCCUCAAUGAGUCUGUCAUGAAGAUCGUGGCAGUUGCUGUGUGGUACUUCCCCUUUGGCAUUGUUUUCCUCAUCGCUGGCAAGAUCCUGGAGAUGGAUGACCCCACAGCUGUUGGAAAGAAGUUGGGCUACUACGCAGUCACUGUGGUGUGCGGGCUGGUGGUUCAUGGCCUCUUCAUCCUGCCGUCGCUCUACUUCUUCAUCACCAGAAAAAACCCCAUUGUCUUUAUCCGCGGCAUCCUCCAGGCCCUGCUCAUCGCACUGGCCACCUCCUCUAGCUCAGCCACACUGCCCAUCACCUUCAAGUGCCUGCUGGAGAACAACCACAUCGACCGGCGCAUUGCCCGCUUUGUGCUGCCUGUGGGGGCCACCAUCAACAUGGACGGCACUGCGCUCUACGAGGCUGUGGCCGCCAUCUUCAUCGCCCAGGUCAACAACUACGAGCUGGACUUCGGCCAGAUCAUCACUAUAAGCAUCACAGCCACUGCAGCCAGCAUCGGGGCAGCUGGCAUCCCCCAGGCCGGGCUUGUCACCAUGGUCAUCGUGCUCACCUCUGUGGGAUUGCCCACAGACGACAUCUCCAUCAUCAUUGCUGUCGACUGGGCUCUGGACCGCUUCCGCACCAUGAUUAAUGUGCUGGGUGACGCGCUGGCCGCGGGGAUCAUGGCCCACGUCUGCCGGAAGGACUUUGCUCAGGACACGGGCACCGAGAAACUGCCGCCCUGCGAAACCAAGCCGGUGAGCCUCCAGGAGAUUGUGGCAACUCAGCAGAAUGGCUGUGUGAAGAGUGUGGCUGAGGCCUCGGAGCUGACCCUGGGCCCCGCCUGUCCCCACCAUGUCCCCGUCCAGGUGGAGCAGGACGAGGAGCCAGCUGCUACCAGGCUGGACCACUGCACUAUUGAGAUUAGUGAGCUUGAGACCAAUGUCUGAGCCUGCAAAGCUGCAGAGGCCAGGGGAGCUCUCCAGGGUUGGGGCCAAGGGUAACAUCUCCACUUACUAUUUUCCUGAGCAACUGACAGGGGCCAGCGUCACAAUCAUCCCACCCUUGAAAAGCCAGAAUUAGCUCCACUUGACAGAAAAUGAGUCUCCGAGAGGGAACUCCAGCCUGAAGUGACGGGAAGCAUAGGUCAGCCCCAGCUGAGACAUUUCCACUGUGUUGGCUGUGAGGACAUCAGGCAGGGGUCCUCACUUUCUGGACAAUAGAGCUGAGGCUGACAACACUUGUCCCAGGUCUCAAAGCAAGUAAUGUCAGGGCCAGGGCUCUAACUCAAUCUUUCAAGCCCCGGCCACACCCUCCCAAUGGACAGGGGCACCUGCCGGGCCAGACGCCAAAAGAGGUUCUCCUCCUCUCCAGGUGGCCUUGGCCUUCCAAGGUCACUCAGAGCUCCCACUGCUUUCAAUGUAUGAAGACAAAACAACAGUGUCCUGGUUCUGCCCCUGCUCCACUGUGUCCUGGCCCAGGCCAGCCCUCCACCCCACCCCAUAACACAUGGCCUCAAAGAGCUC